GCAGCGCUUCAGCGGACGUCCGGUGACUUCGGUCUGACGCCACGCGCGCGGCAAAAACAAAAAUGACGUAUGCGCGGUAUUUCCCUAAAGUGUAGAUUUUAUUAUUAUUUUGUUAUAUUUCAAGAAAUACACGAGCAAUAAGUUAUUCUUUUAUCCAGCAACCGUUGCUUAUUCGCAUACUAAAGAGACUGCACAGUACAGUACAGGACCAAAGUAAAACAUAUCCUUGCAAAUCAAAGACAACAUGUCAUGUUUUUUUUUACUUUUCAAAAUUUAAGGUUUUUUGGAAAUACAUGGCCAUGGAUUCUGCAGAGACGAGAUAUGCCCAUCUGCUGCAGCCGCUGCGGGACCUCACCAAGAACUGGGACAUUGACCUGGCCAGCCAGCUUGGAGAGUAUCUUGAGGAGCUCGACCAGAUGACCAUUUCAUUUGAUGGGGGGAAAACCAUGAUGAACUUUGCAGAGGCUGCACUUUUAAUCCAAGGAUCAACUUGCAUCUAUGGCAGAAAGGUGGAGCUCCUUCACACUUUGGUGUUUCAAACAUUGGACUACAUCUCUAACAAAAACAAGAAGCGUAACAAACAAGGUUCUUCAUCAGACGGUAACCAUGAAGAUGCCACUUCAGGCAAUGAAGACGAUGAUUGUGAGUUUGAUGAGAUUGAGCAGGAUGAGAAUGUCAACUCUCAGAAUAUAACGAUGAAAGAUCCAACAGAGCCAGUGAAGAUUAUCCGUCUCCCUCCUGAAUCUCUCAUUCCUGUAGAAUCACUUGAGAAACAGAAAUACCCCCUUCUCAGUCUUAAAGGGGAGCUUCUUGGCAGCUGUAAGGAUUUUCGAAUUAAUCAUUUCACCAUGGGCGAAUCAGGAUUGAUGCGUCUGGGCUCUUCCCACACUCACUUCCUAAAGGAGGUCGCAGAAAUCCAGCACAACUUCUUUGUACAUGCACCUGUGCCCUUAGACAAUGAAGGUGUAGCUCAGGUUAUUGGUGGUUAUGAUGAAGAAGAUGUUGGCGCAGAGGUUCUUCCUCCACUUGAAGAUCAUGGGAUGGAAGUGGAGUCUGAAGAGAGGGUGGAAAGGCAUCAGGCCCCCAGUGAGGGGAGGAUGUUAAGGCCGAGACCUGCAGUACAGCCAAUUCCAGAGGAACCCAAGCAGCCCAAGGAAAUUGUGGACCCUUGGAAAUGGCAUGACUCAUAUGCUGUGUUUGGGGAGGACAAACCCCUCAAAACAGGGAAGUGUUAUAAAGUGCCAGCAGGUCUUGAGGAGUCUGGAAAGAGGAAGAGGAAGGGUUCUUCAAAACUUCAGGAUUUUGAGAGCUGGUACUCUAAAGCCUUUGAGACUACGGAUCGCAAGCUUAAGAAUGGACCUACUUAUCCUGACCUUAAUUACAUCUUUGUGAGUAACAUGGGUCAGCGUCUGAAAGUACAGAAGCAGAUACUCAGGAAAAGGGGUGUUUUUGUGUCCGAUGAGGAGUUAAAGAAAACUUACUUGGAACCAGAGAAUAUCGAGGACCGGGUUGAGGUUGUCCGGCAUCCAGAAGAAGAGGGUGAGGACUUUUCAGAUGAGGAACAUGACAAUUUGGUUGAUGAUCUUGAACCUGCAGAGCAUCUUGGUGAACAGGAGCAAAUUUUCCAUGACUUGCAUAUGAGUCGGAUGAGUUAUGAAGACCUGGUCAAGAAGAGUGUGGACCUGUUUCUGGUGAACUCUCAGAAGUACGCGCAGGAGACUGCGUUGUCUCGAAGAGUCAGAGAGUGGGACAAUAUAAUCUCCAUCCUCAUCUUUAGGCCCAGCGCUGGCGUAGACCCUAUAAUCCCGUCCUGCCUGCUUCACUUCCUCCGCAGUACCUGUCAAUCCAAUCAGCCGGGGAUGGAAAUCUUUUACGUACUUGGCCAUGGCAGCCACGUCAUCUCUCUCAGGGUCAACGGUGAUAAAAAGUGGCUGGACAGGGGGCAGGCUGGGGUCUUUAUCAAGAGUACGCACCACAUUGGUCAAUUUAUCCAGCUCGUCUGGGCAGAUAUCCGGACAGUGGGUGAAGCCAAAGUAUAAGAGCACCCAGCGGCCCAGGAAGUCACGUUUGGUCCUUCGCUGUCCUGUGUGAUCCAACAGACUGAAGUCUCCCUGUCCGAC